CUCAUCACCAGUCGGUCACCAUCAUGGACAAACCACAGUUCGCCGGCAUGCAUAGCUGAGGCCUGUAAGGCCGAGCCUCGAAAUGUCACGACUUCAGUUGCAGCCGCGGCUCAAAUCGACGGCUACCUCGAACAUAUCAUCGCAGUCCGCAUUUGCAUCUAAAGAGCCUCUCCCAACACCUGAAGCGCAUAUACCUCGACCAAAUGCACGGCUGACAUCCGCUGAACCCACCUCCGAACGAGCAACCCUAUUCUUAAUCCGCCGCACGUUAUGCCCGCCGCGGGGGGACAAGGGUCGCAACACUCCUGCCCCUAUCGACGAGAUCCUUCCGCCGUUAACUAGUAGCAAUGAGGUGGAUCUAGAGUUAUAUGCUUUUAUCGCUAUCAUUAUAAGGGAAUUUGUGCAGACGUGGUAUACGAAGAUUACACCAGAUCAUAAGUUCGUGGAUGAGAUCGUGAAGAUUAUCGCUCAUUGUACAAGGGCGUUGGAGCAGAGGCUACGGAAGGUGGAUUUGGAGAGCCUGUUGUUUGAUGAGCUACCGGACUUGUUAGAAGUGCAUAUUAAAGCAUAUCAAGCAGCACACCAAUCCUUACAUCCACCACCAUUUGAAUCACACCCUCGAGAGAUCUAUCACUCCCUUUGCCCCUUUCCCGCUUUGACACCGGUUCCAGAUGACAAGAAUCAAGAUGCGAUACAACAGCAGAUGGAAAAUGAGGCAGUUUAUAGAGAGCUCCUAGUCCAGGGCGUCUUGGCGGUUCUCUUGCCUACGGAGGAUUUAGAGAAUGCCUCAUUAACAACGCUUGUUGGUCAGAUAUUCUCCGAGAUGAUUCUGGGAAAUGGCAUCGGCGGGAAGGCUUCUGAGCCAUGGUUGUUAUGGGAGGGGAUUACGAAGAUUGCAGAGGUGAUCCAAGACAAGCUCUCUAAUAAGUCAAAGGCCCAGGCCCUUGACAGGUCAUAUUCGAACAGCUCGGAGCCAGUACCGCUUGAUAUAACUGGGAGAACUACGAAGAGCUGGAAUUUUGGACGGUCCAUCCAGAAGGCCUUCUGGCUAGUGCUCCAAUAUGUAUUUCUCGCGGUCACUGCGGCCCGUUUUCUCAUCACCAGCAUCGCAACUUCGUCAUCCCUCCCUUCUCGUAUUCCACCUGCGAUGAAGAUAACUGGUUCGGGGACCUCGCAAGAGGACAUGGGAUCGAGGGAGUUGAAAAAUCCUAGUAUAGCGCCCAGGGGUCGACCAUUAUCAUUCAAGCAACCCAUUCUCAAGAUGAAGGUAUGGUCUUGUGCCGCUAGCCUGCUCGAUCUAGGUGUCCGCAUGCCAUGGAUAAGCGCGACAAUAUCGAUCCUUCAGUGGGGAGCACUUAUGGGACCUGGAGAAGUUGGGAACACAGAUGGACCGAUCGAUAAACUGCUCUCCCAUGCUAUCCAGACACACGUGCUGGACCCAGCCCUCCUCCCACCGCUGCUGCGCACAGCGCGCUCCGCGCUCUUCCCUAACAACACGCUGGGCCCCGCGCGGCCACCCCCCUCUGCAUCCGAGAGCCUCCUUAUUCGUCAGCGAUGCGCCGAGACCCUCCUGUCCCUCGUGCCCCUCAGCGUUCAGGAGGUCUACUUCGGCCCUGGCAAGGAGCGCAGGGUGAAGGAGAUCGAGGAGAUGCUGGACGUCUUCGGCGAUAGUUAUUGUAACAAGCACCUUCUGUAUGGGGUCGUCGAGCUGCUGGUCGUCCGUCUCAUGCCCGAGCUGGCUGAGAAGGGAAUCGAAGAGCUGCUGGCAGAGAGGUUAAGCUAGAGAAUUUCAGAGAGCUAUGUAAUGUAAUGAUAGAUAUAAAUCAGAACCUUAUUUUUUUCAUCAUGG